CACGCUGUCAGUCAGUACUGUCAGCAUAGUUUGAUUUGUCAACAGUUGUUUGGAAUUUGGAGGAAUAGGUUAAACUAAUCCUAUUUUUCUUAAUUUCUGUAUAAUUUGCCAUAAAAAUAAACUUAUCAACCAUGGAUAAAAGUAAAGAAAAGGAAGAACAAAGUAUCAUGGAUAAAUCCAUGAGAUCUGUUUUCGUGGGUAACAUACCAUACGAAGCAACAGAGGAGAAGUUGAAAGAUAUCUUUAGUGAAGUUGGUCCUGUUCUUUCAUUCAAGUUGGUAUUUGAUAGAGAAACCGGCAAACCAAAAGGAUAUGGAUUUUGCGAAUAUAAGGAUCAGGAAACAGCGCUCAGUGCUAUGCGAAAUCUUAACGGAUAUGAAAUUGGUGGGCGAUCUCUUCGCGUCGACAAUGCUUGUACUGAAAAGUCUAGAAUGGAAAUGCAAGCAUUGAUGCAGGGGCCUCAAGUUGAAAAUCCCUAUGGAGAACCAUGUGACCCUGAGAAAGCUCCAGAGGCUAUCAGCAAAGCUGUGGCCACCCUACCUCCUGAACAAAUGUUUGAACUUAUGAAGCAAAUGAAGCUUUGUAUUCAGAAUAAUCCCAAUGAAGCAAGAAACAUGAUGUUACAAAAUCCACAACUGGCCUAUGCAUUACUGCAAGCUCAAGUUAUCAUGAGGAUUGUAGAUCCAGCAACUGCAGUUAGCAUGUUACACCCAAGUAACCCAGUUCCGCCGCCACUUCAGCCAGGCGACAAGCCACCAUCAAACCACUACAUGCAGAACAACCCACCUCAGAAUCAACAACCACCGCCACAAAUGCCGCCGAUGCUUGCGACGCCUGUGCCACCACCAGCUCAGUACGCGCCUCGUCCAGCUAUGGGUGACGUGGACUUACGUGGACGUGGACCAAGUGGGCCGCCACCCCUGCUGGACCAGGACAUGCGCAGCCUGCCCCCCGUGCCCGCCCCGCACCCCGUGCCUCCACCACAGCAUCAUGCACAGGACACUGGCUUCCCUCGAGACCCGAGGUUAGCGAGCAUGCAGACUCAAUCUUUCAACUCGGACCCGCGCGUACGAUCCAACGACCCUCGCACGCAACAGAAGAUUCAACAACAACAAAUGCCGCCGGGAAUGCCAAGCGCUGCACAGGCGAGAACUAUACAGGGAAUACCUUCUGGAGCUUCGGAUCAAGAGAAGGCUGCCCUCAUCAUGCAAGUGUUGCAACUCUCCGACGAGCAAAUCGCCCUUCUGCCGCCUGAGCAACGAGCCAGUAUUCUCAUGUUGAAGGAACAAAUCGCUAAGAGCACUCAACAGCGUUAACUAAACGUUUUACUCACUGAGAAAAUAAUAUUAAGAAUCUGUUUCGCCAUUUCUAACUGGCGGUACUUCGAUGUAUCUAUCGUUGUCCAAAAUUAUGGCAGUUAUAAUAUUAAAAACUUAAUCAGCAGUUCUGGAACAGGCCUUGACUAUUAUAUUCUCAACGUGGUCAUUUUCGACCUAGUGGUCGAACCUCAUUGGGAGAUCCUGAAAGCAAGUAUGCAAAUACUUGCAGAACCUUUAUUUUGUACUCACAAAGGAGAAAUGACUACUUCAGCUAAAUAGCAGAUAUUUUAUAACAGUGGAUUAAAAUAAAAUGAAUGUAUGAAAUAAA